AAAAGCUAUAUAAACGUUUGCGGUCUCCCACAGUUAAAAAAUAGCACACACAAGAGAAGGAGGGAUCCCAGGUCCUUCUACAGGUGUUGAACAAUAAGAAGACUUACACCGUACAGGAUUUAUAGAGCUUUUCAAAGCUCUCUGGGUUUUCAACAUUUUCUCCAACUUUGCCCUUCGACCGAACGCUGCUAUGAUGUCGUAUCUGAAGCAACCACCUUAUACAGUCAACGGGCUGAGUUUAUCUACCUCUGGGAUGGACUUGCUGCACCCUUCUGUAGGAUACCCCGCUACCCCUCGUAAGCAGAGGCGUGAGAGGACUACAUUUACGCGCGCUCAGCUUGACAUUCUGGAGAACUUGUUCGGCAAGACCCGCUACCCUGACAUCUUCAUGCGAGAGGAAGUGGCCUUGAAGAUCAAUCUACCUGAGUCUCGCGUUCAGGUAUGGUUUAAGAACCGGAGGGCAAAAUGCCGCCAACAGGCACAACAAACUCAGAGCGGCACCCAGAGCAAGACAAGGCCAGUCAAAAAGAAAAGUUCCCCGAUAAGAGAGGCUAGCUCUGAGAGCGGCACAAGCGGCCAGUUUACGCCACCCUCCAGCACCCCAAUCCCCGCUGUGAGCAGUAGCAGUGCUCCAGUGUCCAUCUGGAGCCCGGCCUCCAUCUCCCCUCUCUCUGAUCCACUCUCUACCUCCUCCUCGUCGUGCAUGCAACGAACCUACCCUAUGACAUAUUCACAAGCGUCAGGAUACAACCAAGGUUACGCGGGGUCCUCUUCGUAUUUCGGAGGGAUGGACUGCGGGUCUUACCUUUCGCCUAUGCACCACCAACUAUCUGCUGCAGGCUCUACCAUGAGUCCAAUGGGCACGAACGGGGUCUCCAGUCACCUGAGCCCAGCGUCCUCCCUCUCCACGACUGGGUAUGGGCCCGCAGGCCUGGGCUUCAGCGGCCCAGCAGACUGUGUGGAUUAUAAAGACCAAACUGGAUCGUGGAAACUGAAUUUCAACGCUGACUGUUUGGAUUACAAAGACCAGGCGUCAUCGUGGAAAUUUCAGGUAUUGUGAAAAGACUGAAACGAUCUUUUUCACAAUGUUUUGAACAAAACAUCAUGCGCCAAGACAGGUUGGGAAAGCCGUCCAGCGACUGGGCCUGAACUACAAACUAUUACCUCAGGCAGCAGAAAGAACUGCCAGUCAAUGCCAGUUUUCUCCCCUGUUGGGCUAAUACAUUGAACAGUCAUAGUAAACUCCUUAACUUUGAUCAUCAAGGACAUAUAACUAUUGCUACCCAAGAAGAAAAUGAUCAAGAGAAGAUUCAACCCGGUUGAGUGCGUGGAAUGGGUCAGCUUUUCCUAAGCUUCUUAGGACUCGCCGAACCUCUUGGUUGGCAUUCUGAAGGGGCCCUUUGAUCAAAGCAUUGUGUGUGAGUGUGUGCGUGUGUGCGCGCGAGUAAGUGUGAGCGCGCCUAUGAGGCGAACCUGGAUGCACUAUUUAAUUUAAAUAAAAAUGUUUAUAAGACUAGCUCAAAGAGACAAUCAGUCGGUAUGCGUGUGUUAAGAAUUGUCCAAUUUUAAGUGUUUUUGAUUUAUCUGUGUUAGAUUUGUAAGAUUGUGGUCUUUGUAUUUCUGUAUGCAAUUCGCUCUUCGCCAGCGAUCAUCCAACUGUGAAUUUCAUAUUUUUUCAUGUUCAAGUGUUGAAAUUGAUAAAUUAUUAUUGCAAAAUAUUAGUUGAAGUAGGGAGUGUGGUCGAAAUGUGUACGAGGAAGCAGAUCAUCAAGCAGCUAAAUCCAUUAAACCAUCAAUGACAACUGGUUGUCGUACUGGUAUUGAGAGGCCACGCACAUUAAUAAAGAGUUUGAACC